CAUACAUUAGGAAUGGAGACUUGAACUGCAAGAAGUUUUCUCACUCGAGAGAGAAGGAGAACAUGAUAAAUUUGCUUCUCAGUGUGAGAAGCUUGGCAAUAGAAUGCUCCUGUGGCAUGGUUCCCGAUUGACAAAUUUUGUGGGUAUCCUUAGCCAAGGACUCAGAAUUGCUCCUCCUGAGGCUCCUGCUACCGGAUACAUGUUUGGCAAAGGGGUUUACUUUGCUGAUCUUGUCAGCAAGAGUGCACAAUAUUGCUACACUGACCGUAAAAAUCAUGUGGGCUUGAUGCUAUUGAGUGAAGUUGCUCUUGGGCAAGUCCAUGAGCUAAAAAAGGCACAGUACAUGGAAAAACCUCCAAGAGGAAAACACUCCACCAAAGGACUUGGCAAGAAGGUACCUGCUGAGGCUUUUGUAAUUUACCAUCAAGCCUGACAUGUUUUUUUUGCUCAUCUG